CUGGACCUUCUCCAGGGGUCGUGCCGGACCAAAGUCCUGGGCACUGCCACCAUCCACCUGUCCCAGAUCUACCAAGACCCUGAGGAACUCCAGGGGGGGACCCCCGGCUUCCUGCCCUGCUUUGGACCCGCCUUCCUGCCCCUGUAUGGCCCCCGGCCCGACUGUGCGCGGGACUUGGGGGUGGAUUAUCGGGGUCGGGUGCUCCUGGAGAUCUGCACCCAUGAGGGGACCCUGGACGGGCGGCAGAGGGACAUUGUGGCACCCGUGGAUGUGGAACGGGCACAGCAGCAGCUCUUGCCCCAGUGCCAGUGGGGGCUCUGUGGGGUGUUUUACUCGGCCACGAUGGUCCCAGAGGGUCCUGAUCCGCUGGGAUUUGAGCUCGGGAUUGGACACGACUCCUCAGCCACCCCCCUGAGCCCCCCCGUGUUUGAUGGGAACCUGUACCACCACCUGCCCUGGCACGGGGACAAGCCUGUGGUGGCUGUCACCUCGUUCUGGGAGGACAAUUGUCACCGCUGGGACACCCUGAACCUCCUGCGCACCCUGUGCCGGCGCCUGGAGAGGAACACCGCGGAGCUGCGGCGCUGCCGAGGGGACACCGUGAGGGACACGAGGGUGAAGCUGCUCUGGGAGCUGGAGCAGGACUGCAUGCAGGCACUGGCCCAGCUGGAGGCACAACCCACGCCCCUCACGGCUCUGGACGAGCAGCUCAGGAAUUCCCGUCGGCUUCUCCUUCGACAUUUGUGGAAUGUGGCCAAGGAGGCUUCAGUAAAGGCUGGGAAAUACGACUGGGACACACUGGUGGCAGGGGCUGAGAGGUGGCUCAGACGGGUGUCUGCCCUGGCAGUGGAGCCCCAGGCCGGUGUCCCCAACUUGGUGUUGUGGCUGCUGCGGGGGCAGCGCCGGGUGGGCUGUGCCCAUGUCCCUGUCACCGAUGUCACCUUCUCACCAAUCGGCCCUGACGCCUGCGGGCGGCUCUGUGGGAGGAUGCAGACCAUCUUCCUGGGCUCCGGGACGGUCCGUGCCCAGGUCCGUGUCCGGCUGUGGCUGUGCCGGGUGUGCGACAGUGGGGCCCUGCCCCCGCUCCUCGAGGGGUCCCUGCACUUCCACACCGAGACCUACGAAAACCAGACGAGGCUUCUGGGGAAAUGGGGGCCCUGGAAGCUGUUGGGGCGUCCCCCCUUCUCCGAUGGCACGGGCAGGGAGGGGCUCCCUCCGGGAAAGAUCCAGCCCCCCAAGGGAUGGCGCUGGGAGGGGCCCUGGAACGUGGAGCUGCAGCAGAGGGAGAUGGUGGACACAGGCAGUGCCUUGUGUGAGAUGCUGCAGGAGCUGAAUGAGAACCAGAUCCAGAGGAGCCGCUCCAACAGGGCCACCUCGGAUCCCGACCCUGGAGCAGUGUCAGAGGAUGAGCCCUGGCAGUCUGAGUGUUUCUGGCCCUGCCCCUUCCGUCCCAAACCCUUGGGGGGUGUCCGGGGGGGGGCCCUGUGCCGGCGACGCCGCUGGCACCGUGGCUUGGUGCUCGCCCAGCCCACGGCCGUGGCACCCCUGUUCCUGCUGCAGGGAGUCCCGGACACGGAGGACAUGCCCAAGGAGGACAAUCCAGCUGUGGCACCGCUGGAACCCUGGGGAUCGUGGCCCCUCCUGGAGCAGCCCCUGCCCUUAAUUUUCUGCACCUUCCCCUGUCCCAGCCUCUUCCAGCUCCGCUGUUACCUCUUCCGGGCCCUGGAUCUGACCCCUGGCAUCUCCAAGACCUCUAUAGAUGCCGCCGCCCACGUGUCGAUCAUGGAUCAGAGCCAACGCUCCCAGGUCGUGCGGGGUGUCCUGGACCCACUCUGGGAACAGACGCUGCUGCUCCACCCAGUGCUGCUGUUCGGGAACCCCCAAGGGGUUCGGGAGGACCCCCCAGCCGUAGUGGUGGAGGUGUUUGACCAGGCUGGGAAGGGCGCCGGUGUUUUUCUGGGGAGGUGUGUGUGCACCCCCAAGGUUUGGCUGGAUCUGGGACACCGGGAGCCCCCCCGGCUCCAGCCUCACCCCCUGCGUGGGCCGUGGGGCCCAGCCGGGGACCUGGUGGCUGCCUUCGAGCUGCUGCUCGAGCCCGAGGACGGGACCCUGGCA